GAAGACGCCUUUUCGCAAAUAAGAAAAACAAGAAAACACAAAAAAUAAAGAGAAGCGAUUCCACCUCUCUCUCUCCCCUCUCUCUCUCUAAAAUUCAAUCUGUAGAGAGAAAAAGUACAGAAGGUACUCUGAUUCAUAUUUGAAUUCACGCACCUACACACAAUCCUCUCAUCGUGUUGUGUGCAUCGAGAUUACACAAACAAACCCUAGAUUCGAUUGUUGAAUAUCAUUAUCGAAUUGAAAAGUCAGAUGCAUUGGUGUUCAACAAGGAGGAGAGGAUCGGCGGGAGCGUUGCGGCGGCGGAUCUGAUGGUGAGCAGAGGAGGAGAAUUGAAAUUGAGGAGAGGAGAGAAGGGAUUGAAUGAGAAGAAAUUGAAAAGGAGAAUUAGGGUUGGGGAAGAAGAUAGACGAUGCAGCUACACUUAUCACCUAGUAUGAGAAGCAUAACGAUUUCGAGCAGCAAUGGAUUUGUUGACUUGAUGAAGAUCAAGGUCGCAGCUCGUCACAUUUCGUACCGUACACUUUUUCAUACCAUUCUCAUCUUAGCUUUUUUGUUGCCUUUUGUCUUCAUUCUUACUGCGCUCGUUACGCUCGAAGGCACCGUCAAUAAGUGCUCCUCUCUCGAUUGUUUAGGCAGGCGGUUGGGACCAAGACUUCUCGGUAGGGGAGAUGAUUCAGGGAAGUUGGUUAGAGACUUCUACAAGAUUUUAAAUCAGGUGAACGCUGAAGCAGUCCCAAAUGACUUGAAGCUUCCUCAGUCAUUUAGUCAACUUGUUUCUGAAAUGAAAAGCAAAAAAUACAAUGCGAAGGAAUUUGCUAUGAUUUUGAAGGGAAUGAUGGAGAAAGCUGAAAAGGAGACGAGAGUCUCAAAGUUUGCUGAACUAACGAACAAACACUUUGCAGCUAGUGCUGUUCCCAAAGGGAUUCAUUGCCUCUCUCUCCGCUUGACUGAUGAGUACUCCUCAAAUGCUCAUGCACGCAGGCAGCUGCCCUCGCCUGAAUUACUACCUAUCCUUUCUGACAAUUCGUAUCAUCACUUUGUAUUGUCAACUGACAACAUUCUGGCUGCUUCGGUUGUGGUAGCUUCUGCUGUUAAGUCAUCUCUGAAGCCUGAUAAGAUUGUAUUCCAUGUAAUUACUGAUAAGAAAACUUAUGCGGGAAUGCACUCGUGGUUUGCAUUAAAUCCCGUAUUUCCUGCAAUUGUUGAGGUGAAAGGUGUUCAUCAGUUCGAAUGGUUGACUAGGGAGAAUGUACCAGUUCUUGAAGCUGUUGAGAACCAUUUUGGAAUUCGGAAUUACUACCAUGGGAAUCAUGUUGCAGGAGCCAAUCUUAGUGAAACUACUCCAAGAACAUUUGCAUCCAAAUUACAAGCUAGAAGCCCAAAAUACAUUUCGCUGCUAAAUCAUCUUCGCAUAUAUCUGCCGGAGCUCUUCCCCAACCUUGAAAAGGUUGUUUUUCUGGAUGAUGAUGUUGUAAUUCAGCGUGAUUUGUCUCCACUCUGGGAAAUUGACCUUGGUGGAAAGGUCAAUGGAGCUGUUGAAACCUGUAAAGGCGAGGAUGAGUGGGUAAUGUCUAAGCGGUUUAAGAAUUAUUUUAACUUCUCUCAUCCACUGAUAUCGAAAAACUUGAAUCCGGAUGAGUGUGCCUGGGCUUAUGGAAUGAAUAUCUUUGACUUGCAUGCGUGGAGAAGGACUGAUAUACGAGACAAAUACCACACUUGGCUAAAAGAGAACCUAAAAUCGAAUCUUACAAUGUGGAAGCUCGGAACUCUUCCUCCUGCUUUAAUAGCAUUUAGAGGUCAUGUCCACCCAAUAGAUUCCUCAUGGCACAUGCUGGGACUGGGGUAUCAGAACAAAACUAAUAUUGAUAGUGUACAAAAGGCUGCAGUGAUUCACUACAAUGGCCAGGCAAAACCUUGGCUAGAGAUAGGUUUUGAGCAUUUAAGACCUUUUUGGACAAAGUACAUCAACUACUCUAAUGAUUUUAUCAGAAAUUGCCACAUAUUGGAGUAGUAAAAUUAAUUAAAGUGUGUUCGGAGAAGAGAGUACAGUUGGAAGCAGAUGGAGUUUCCUGAAGUUUUUAUUUGCAGCUAGAGAAUACUGUCAAUAUUCAGUUGAGAUGAGGUACAGAUAAUUGGUAGUUGGCCAGAAGCAUUCGAUCAAGAUUAUGGUUUGCUGCUGACCCCUCAAUUUUGGAAGAAGAAGACCUGCAUCAUUCGCACGAGGACAAUUUCAUUCUUUCAGUCUGUAACAUAACAAUCUGCCUGCCUAUUUUUUAUUAGGGAAAGGACAUUCCUUUGAGUCUUCCAGAGGUAGGUUGUCUCCUAUAUCUUAGAGCUUAAAGUGAAAUAAAUACCUGUUACACGCGAGCACAUUCGUUGUCAGAGAAAGAAAGGAUGCAGAUUGCUCCAGGUAUAGCCUUAGAAUGAAGUCCUCCGUGCAUUUUUUGGUUUUCUUUUCUUGUCACCGCCAUGAAUUCGCUCCUCUAUAUUAUUUCAUAUCAUUAUUGUUGAAUUUAGCGGGUAGUCAAUGGGAUUACUUCAUUACAUGUCCCAUUUAGUUGCGGAACAUUGUUAGGAUAUAUGUACAUCUUGAUUACGAUUUACAAGAAACAUUCAAAAUUUGUAGAAAAUUCUUUUUCCCAAUAUUUACAAUAUCCGAGUUUCAUC